AUGCAGAGUUACGACUUGGAGGAUUCGCAGAGCCUCGUUCGCUUCCUCCAAGAUGCGGAGAUCCGUUUGGUUCGCCUGGAGUACCUCGUCGAGCUGCAAAAGGCAGAGAGGGUCUUUCCCCGGCGACAGGAAGCUGAGACAGAGACCACCAGGUGUGGACAAACUGCGCUGGUGGAUGCCAGUGAACUAGCUAGACUGGAGAUUGACGAGAGGACAGGCCAUAUCUCCACCAUGAUCAAUUUCCCGUGGCCCCCGCGAAGGGUGACGGUAAACUUGGUCUCCAUCUCCCACGCUUGGGAGAGCAUGGAGCAUCCAGACCCAUGGAGGUUUCAGCUGGAAGCCAUUGUGGAUGCAUUUCGUGUCCGACUGUGUGAUGGCUUGGUAUGGGUCUUUUUUGAUUACAUCUCUUUGCAUCAGUACAAACGCAGCACCGCGCAGGACCAGCUUUUUCAGCGUGCUCUCCAUGACAUGCAUAUCCUCUAUGCCCACGAGGCGGUAGAAGUGCACCUAUUGGAAGAUCUCACACCGGAGAGCCUGAAAGGCAGUCGGAAGGGUGCCAUCCCGGUGUAUUGCGAAGGAAAAGACACGGUCAAGGCCGUACCCAUCCAGGACUUGAAGUUGAAUGUUACGCCCUACGACGUGAGGGGCUGGUGCCAGGCAGAGAUGGAAUGGGCACGCCUGAGAGCUUCGGUGAAGGGAGCUUCGGUGCCACGCCCUCCGCAGAUCUUCAAAAAAGCGAUAAGCCAGCUCCAGUUUACUCAUCGGAGUGAUUUAGAUGCAGUGGUCCAGCUUCAAGAGAAGGUCUUCGAGCAGAAGGCGUCCUCCACAGAGCGCUUGCUCAUUCAGGAUCUGGACGCAGUAAAGAUCAAAACGCUGUGCGCAGCGAUGCCUUUCUACAGAAACCUCAAGGAGGUGGUCAUCCCUGCCGCGAGCCUUAAGGUUCGCUGCAGCCUAGCAGCGGCAGUAGUGAGGUCUGGUGCGUGUGACAUUCAGAUGAAUUGUGAGCAUCUGCGGGACGAGGAUGCCAUUGCCUUUGCUGUAGCUUUGUCGAAGAACGAUUGCGGACAUUUGCAGCGGCUGAGCAUCAAGUGCAAUGCCAUCAGCAAGAGAGGUACAGAUGCCCUUCAGCAGAUGGCGGCUCAGCAGUGCAAUGCCGUGCACUGUCACAGCGAAGACACCGAGUGG